GAAGAAUAGAAUCGAAAUGUGGCUCCAUAGAGAGGGAACCUCCUCCAAGAUGGAAAUGUUCAGGAAAACACAGGUAAUUUUGUCGGAAAGCUAUCGGGUGGCCAGGGUGUUUAUUUUCUUCUGGUUAAGCAACGAACCUGACGAGGAUUGCAUUGAAGGCAUAUUCGUUGCUUGCGAAGCAAAGGGAACAAAUUUGAAAAAGCGAGAAAAAAGUGAGAAAAGCAAAUCCAACAUUCACACUCACUUAUCCGUCUGUUCAAAGCCAAAAGAAGCAGUUUGAACCGACCUACUUGCUGGUUUUCUGCGCUAUAAAGAAUGGACAAUGCUCUCUCUGUGUGUGUUUAGUAACGUCGAACUUGUGGUUUAGUGAACAAAGGGUAAUGGCGAGUACAAGCCAGAGCGAGCCGCCUAUGAGGCGGCUUACACGAUCACAGACGGUAGGGAAUCCGGCUGCCUUUGAGGAGGCGAUUGACAGCGAAGUUGUUCCUCCUUCCCUUUCCAAAGUUGCCCCCAUCCUUCGUGCCGCUAAUGAAAUCGAGAACGAAGCCCCGCGCGUUGCAUAUCUCUGUAGGUUCCAUGCUCUUGAGGUGGCUCAUAAGGAAGAUCCCAAAUCCGUCGGCAGAGGUGUUCGACAGUUUAAAACGGCUCUUCUCCAACGCCUGGAAAAGGAUGCUGAUGCAACCAUGAUUGCGAGGAAGAAAAAAAGUGAUGCUAGAGAAAUGCAAAGCUUUUAUCAUCGAUACUAUGAUCAAUAUGUUAAGGCACUGGAUGCAGCAGAUGAAGCUGCAGAUCGUGCGCAUCUGGCAAAAACAUAUCAAACUGCUGCAGUGCUGUUUGAAGUAUUAAAGGCAGUCACUAGGACGGAGAAUGCUGAAGUUGAUGCCGAGCUUCUAAAAUUUGGUAAAGAUGUUGAGAAGAAAACAGAACAGUAUGCCCCCUAUAAUAUUCUUCCUCUUGAUCCAGGAGGUGCAAAUCAAGCCAUUAUGCAGUUUCCUGAGAUUAAAGCUGCAGUAGAAGCUUUACGCAACAUUCGUGGUCUGCAAUGGCCUGAUAACUAUAAUAAAGAAAAAGAUGCAGAUGAUAAAGCAAGAGAUGCAGAUGAUAAAGCAAGAGAUGCGGAUGAUAAAACAAGGGUUCCAGAUCUGCUUGAUUGGCUUCAAGUAACAUUUGGAUUUCAGAAAGACAGUGCAGCCAAUCAGAGGGAACACUUAAUUUUGCUCCUUGCAAAUGUCCAUAUCAGGCAAAUUCCUAAGCCACAACCAAUAAAUAAGUUGGAUGACCGGGCUCUUGAUGAUGUCAUGAAAAAAAUAUUCAAAAAUUACAAGAAAUGGUGCAAAUAUUUAAAACGCAGACAUAAACUUUGGUUACCCCAAAUACUACAGGAAGUACAGCAGCGUAAAAUUCUCUAUAUGGGACUCUAUCUACUUAUUUGGGGAGAGGCUUCAAAUCUGCGGUUUAUGCCAGAAUGCCUUUGUUACAUCUUCCACCACAUGGCAGAUGAACUCAAUUCGAUGUUAGCUACUAAUGUCAGAAUUGUUACUGGAGAAAAUAAAAAGCCAGCAUAUGGAGGAGAUGAAGAAUCUUUCCUAAGAAAAGUUGUGACGCCCAUUUAUGAAGUCGUUGCAAAGGAGGCAAAGAGAAAUAGAGGUGGCAGAGCCAAACACUCAGAAUGGAGAAACUAUGAUGAUCUGAAUGAGUUUUUCUGGUCAGAAAAUUGUUUCAGCCUAAACUGGCCGAUGAAAGAAGAUGCUGAUUUUUUUUAUGUGCCAAAGGAAAAUGAAAGGCACCCUACUCUGAAGGGUGCUAUACAGAACCGAGGACCCAAAUGGAUUGCCAAAACAAAUUUUGUUGAAACUCGUUCAUUCUGGCAUCUUUAUAGAAGCUUUGAUAGGAUGUGGACAUUUUUUAUAUUAGCUCUUCAGGCCAUGAUAAUUAUUGCCUGGCACGCACCAGGUUCUCCAACUGAAAUAUUCUUUUCCUCUGUCUUUAAACAAGUUUUGAGUAUAUUCAUAACAGCUGCAAUACUGAAGUUCUUGCAAGCUAUACUUGAUAUAGUCCUAAGCUGGAGAGCAAGGCAGUCCAUGAAGAAAACCCAGAUUCUUCGACUUAUAUUGAAGUUUGUAAUAGCUGCUGCAUGGGUCAUCAUUCUUCCAGCUUGUUAUGUCCAUUCUUGGGAUAAUCCAACUGGUCUCUUAAGAAGUCUAAAGAAUUGGGUUGGACAAUGGAAAAGUCCUUCAUUGUAUAUUGUAGCAGUUGUAAUAUACUUAAUACCCAAUUAUUUAGCGGCAAUAUUGUUUUUGUUUCCGAUGGUGAGGCGAUUUGUUGAAAGCUCAAAUUGGAGAAUUUUCACAAUUCUAACAUGGUGGCAGCAGCCAAGGCUAUAUGUUGGACGAGGAAUGCAUGAGAGCUUGUCAUCUCUUUGCAAGUAUACAUUGUUUUGGAUCCUUUUACUCAUAAGCAAGCUGGCUUUUAGCUACUAUAUUGAGAUAAAACCGCUGGUUAAGCCUACAAAGGUGAUCAUGAAAAUGAGCAUUAGCAAUUACCAAUGGCAUGAGCUGUUUCCACAAGCAAAGAGUAAUAUAGGGGUAGUGAUUGCUCUAUGGGCUCCGAUAAUUCUGGUUUAUUUCAUGGAUACACAAAUUUGGUAUGCAAUCUUCUCCACUAUCUUUGGAGGCAUUUAUGGAGCCUUUCGCCAUCUUGGUGAGAUAAGAACAUUGGGGAUGCUUAGAUCUCGAUUUCAAUCUUUGCCUGGAGCCUUUAAUGAAUGCCUAGUGCCACCUACCACGGAGAAAAUUGAGAGGAAGUGGUUAAAAGCUUUCUUUUCUCCAAGGUUUAAGAAGGUUGAGCCUGGAAAAAGGAAAGAGGCUGCAAAGUUUGCCCAACUUUGGAAUCAAGUGAUUACUAGUUUUCGUACAGAGGAUUUAAUAAAUAAUAGGGAAAUGGAUCUAUUGCUUGUACCAUAUUCUUCAGAUGUUGAAUUAACUCUCGUGCAAUGGCCACCAUUCUUACUUGCUAGCAAGAUACCUGUAGCAUUGAACAUGGCCAAGGAUUUCAGAGGGAAGGAUUCAGAGCUGUAUAAAAGAAUCAAAGCUGAUGAUUUCAUGAAAUGCGCUGUGCAAGAAUGCUAUGGAUCAGUUAAUCGUGUUCUUUCAACAAUUAUCAAUGGUGAACAAGAGAAACGGGUUAUCCGUGAGAUAAUUAGUUAUGUUGAUCAUAAUAUUGAGAGUGGGACCCUAUUGGAGAAUUUCAAGAUGAGCGAGCUUCCUGUUCUAUAUGCUAAGUUUGUAGUUCUCGUUGAAUUGUUGAAAAAUGAUGACAAACCAGAUUCCCGCCAAGGUGUCAUUCGUGCACUCCAGGAUAUGUUUGAGAUUGUAACUCAAGAUAUGAUGAAAGAUGGCCCUAGGGCUUUGGAAUCAAUUCAAGAGUCAACGAGACCUGGUCAACCCCACAAGGCCCAAUUAUUUGCAUCUACUGGGGCUGUUGAUUAUCCUUCUCAUCCUUCUGAUGCAUGGAAAGAACAGAUCACCAGGCUUCAUUUGCUCCUGACGGUCAAGGAAUCAGCUAUGGAUGUUCCUGUCAACAUAGAAGCUCGGCGCCGGAUGGCAUUCUUUACAAAUUCUUUAUUUAUGGAUAUGCCUAAUGCUCCUAAGGUUCGAAACAUGCUGCCAUUCAGUGUUAUGACCCCAUAUUACAAGGAAGAGGUUUUGUUUUCACCGACAGAACUUGAGAAGGAAAAUGAAGAUGGUGUCUCUAUUAUUUUUUAUUUGCAGAAAAUUUACCCAGAUGAGUGGAAAAAUUUCCUUGAACGCAUGGAAUGUAAACCUGAGGUGAUCCUUACCGAUCCAGAAAAACUUCUCGAACUUCGUCAUUGGGCAUCUUAUCGAGGGCAGACCCUCACUAGGACAGUUAGAGGAAUGAUGUACUACAGAAAAGCCCUGGAACUCCAAUCCUUUCUAGACAUGGCAAAAGAUGAAGAAAUUUUGCAUGGAUACAAGAUGCAAGAAUUACUACCUGAAGAUUCUAAGAAGGUUAAACGAUCAUUAUGGGCACAAUUGCAGGCAGUAGCUGACAUGAAAUUCACAUAUGUUGUUUCCUGCCAAGUAUAUGGUAUACAGAAGAGUACUAGGGAUCCUCGUGCAAAUGAAAUUUUAAAUCUUAUGGUGACAUAUCCUUCUCUACGUGUUGCUUACAUUGACGAGGUAGAAGUGAGGGAGAAAGAAAAACAUAAAAAGGUUUACUAUUCGGUUCUUGUGAAAGCAUCUAACAAUCUUGACCAGCAAAUAUACCGUAUUAAGCUGCCUGGGCCAGCUAACAUUGGUGAAGGAAAGCCAGAGAAUCAGAAUCAUGCCAUUAUUUUCACUCGUGGUGAAGCUCUUCAAACAAUUGAUAUGAACCAGGACAACUAUCUAGAAGAAGCUUAUAAAAUGAGAAACCUGCUGGAAGAAUUGCUUAAAUUUCAUGGUGUACGGCGACCAACAAUACUUGGUCUUAGAGAACAUAUAUUUACUGGCAGUGUUUCAUCACUUGCUUGGUUUAUGUCAAAUCAAGAGACUAGCUUUGUCACAAUUGGACAACGACUACUUGCAAGCCCACUAAAGGUUCGUUUUCACUAUGGUCAUCCAGAUGUUUUUGAUAGACUGUUCCACAUUACAAGAGGUGGGAUAAGCAAAGCUUCAAAAGUUAUCAAUUUAAGUGAGGACAUAUUUGCAGGAUUCAAUUCUACCCUACGACAAGGAAAUGUAACUCAUCAUGAAUACAUGCAAGUUGGUAAAGGUCGUGAUGUGGGACUCAAUCAGAUAUCACUAUUUGAGGCAAAGGUAGCAAAUGGAAAUGGUGAACAAACCUUGAGUCGUGAUAUUUAUCGGCUAGGACAUCGGUUUGACUUCUUUCGAAUGAUGUCCUGCUAUUUCACUACGGUUGGAUUUUACUUCAGUACUCUGGUGACUGUUCUUACAGUAUAUGUUUUUCUAUAUGGUCGUUUAUAUCUGGUUUUAAGUGGACUUGAAUCCAAAAUGUUGCAUGAAGCUUCUGUACAACAUAAUUCUUCCUUAGAAGCAGCCCUUGCUUCACAGUCUUUUGUUCAGCUGGGUCUGUUGAUGGCCUUGCCAAUGGUGAUGGAAAUUGGUCUAGAACGAGGGUUUCGUACUGCAUUAAGUGAUUUUAUUGUUAUGCAGCUGCAACUGGCCUCAGUUUUCUUUACUUUUUCUCUUGGCACAAAGACACAUUACUAUGGACGGACAUUACUUCACGGAGGAGCCAAAUACAGAGCUACUGGACGGGGAUUUGUUGUUUUUCAUGCCAAGUUUGCAGAUAAUUAUCGAUUCUACUCACGCAGUCACUUUGUCAAAGGAAUUGAGUUGAUGAUGCUUUUAAUUGUAUAUAAUGUUUAUGGCCAGUCAUAUCGUAACACUCUCUCAUAUCUCCUAAUAACUUUUUCCAUGUGGUUUAUGGUUGGGACAUGGCUUUUUGCUCCUUUCCUGUUUAAUCCUUCUGGAUUUGAAUGGCAAAAGAUUGUAGAUGACUGGACAGAUUGGAACAAAUGGAUAAACAAUCGUGGAGGGGUUGGUGUACAACAAGAAAAAAGUUGGGAAUCAUGGUGGGAGGAGGAACAGGAUCAUCUCAAGUCUACAGGCUUCCAAGGACGAAUUUGGGAGAUAAUCUUAUCACUUAGAUUUUUCCUCUACCAAUAUGGAUUGGUUUACCACCUUAAUAUUGCACAUGAGAAUCGUAGCUUUCUGGUCUAUGGGCUAUCUUGGCUAGUUGUUGGAGUUGCCCUCUUGGUCUUGAAGACUGUAUCUAUGGGAAGGAGGAGGUUCAGCGCAGAAUUUCAGCUCAUGUUCCGGCUUCUGAAAGGGCUUCUUUUCAUUGGAUUCAUGUCAGUUCUCACUAUUCUCUUUGUUGUAUGCGGGUUGACAUUAGCGGACCUAUCCGCAUGUGUCCUUGCAUUCAUGCCUUCUGGAUGGGGUUUGCUCCAGAUUGGACUAGCCUGCAGGCCUCUAAUUCAACACAUGGGAAUGUGGGACUCCGUUCGUGCCCUUGCUCGCGGCUAUGAAUACGUAAUGGGAUUAAUGAUUUUUACACCAGUGGCCAUAUUAGCCUGGUUUCCUUUUGUAUCAGAAUUUCAAACCCGUUUGUUGUUCAACCAGGCCUUCAGCAGAGGGUUACAAAUUUCGCGUAUUCUUGCUGGAAGGAAGAAAGACUGGUCUGCCACAAACUGAGAUAAGUAUCCAUGUCGACAUGGUUUUCCAGAUAGAGGUCAGAUAUUUGUAAAUAUUUAAGGCAGGUUUCUCAAUCAAGCACACAAGUUUCAAAAUAGUAUUGAUGGCAAGGCCUUAAUUUAAUGGUCGACCCUGUCUGUCAAUCAAUUUUUUUGUCACAAAUUGUUUAUUCAUAUGUUAAACAUAUUAUUUUUAAGAUCUAUUUCAUAGCUUAGCUAUGUAAAUAAUAUAUAUAUACUCUUCCUUUUCAUGUAAUUUAAGAGCUGAAGUACAGAUCAUGGUAGUUGUGCAUGAAUUGCACCUUUAAGUUGUUUCAUCAACUUAUUAAUAUUUAAAAUUUCACCUA